AUGAACCAAAGUAUUCUUAAGAGGAUAGAAAGCAUUGUUCCAGUGCCAAACUUAACGGAACCAAGGGAUAAGCCCCAUAAAGACAGGCCGUUGAUUUUAGAUGACUCGCAGGCAAACGCGCCAGAUAGGCAUCGCUAUGUUACAGACCUAAACGUCGAAUACCACGAGGAGGAUAUCAACUCUGAAUUAUUUCUGAUGAAGUAUACCCAAGGUUUACAAAUGCUAGAAAACCAAGGCUACGUUGAUAUUACAAGCUUAGCCUAUUGGAAGCCUUCCUCUUUCAAAGCUGGAUAUCCCAUCGAAAAUGCAUUGGACGACAACCCAGGUACUUUUUGGCAGAGUGAUGGGUCUCAACCCCAUACAAUCGAUGUCUUUUUCAGUAAGAGAGUAGAUAUUAUCCAACUCGCCAUGUAUUUCUCCCUUUUCAUUGAUGAGUCUUAUACCUCAGAAACUAUACGUCUCUACGCGGGUCAUAGUCCUUCAGAUGCCACAUACUACAAGACACUAGAAGUCAGAAAUGUUAAUGGUUGGGUUAAAUUCACCUUUGAAGAUAAUAGACCUUCUGAUGGCUUGCUUAAGUGCCAGUUUCUCCGCAUCGAAGUCGUCACUAACCAUGAAAAUGGUAAAGACACCCAUCUAAGAGGAAUCCGUAUGUUUGGACCAGGAGAAUCCCUAGUAAAUAUAGCUGAUGCUGCAAUGUUUGAAGGUUUUCACAGCAUAGAAUUCCUCUCUCAGUCCAGAAUACGAUGA